UCUGUCCCGCUUGCCCAUCGUGUUAUAGAGGUUCUGGUGCUGAUCAACUUCGAGGGCACCAUGGGGGACGAGAUUUCGGUGCGGAUGGGAGACGUGGUGAAAAAUGUUACAAAGGCCAGCGAGGAAGGUUGGCUGGAGGGCGAGGUCCGAGGGAAGCGAGGCAUCUUCCCGGCCAACUUUGUCAAGGAGGUGCCUGUUUAUUUGAUGGGGGACAGCAAGAGAGAACCAAGAAGCAUCCGAACAACCAAGAGGGUGAAACAAGUAAGGACAUGCGAGGUGGUGUUUGCCUACAGUCCCUUGAACGACGACGAGCUGCAGCUGGUCGUCGGGGAGACGGUGGAAAUCAUCAGCGAGAUUGAAGAUGGAUGGUGGAUGGGCAUCAAAAACGGCAGAGUGGGGGCGUUUCCGUGCAACUUUGUCAGAGAGAUCUUCGUCGCCCCUAAAGAUGGCAAACACAAUGAUAGCAAAGCCAGACCGAAGCUAAGCGAUGCAGUCUUCAGCAAAGAGAUAUCCCAGAGAGCGACGGUUCGCAGCAAAGCAAAAACCGUGGUGGAGUUUUGUCAAGUCAUUUACGGCUCGGCCUUAACACAUUUUUCCACUUUCUGCUCUGCUCUGCUCUGCUUUGCGGUGGUGGUGGUGGUGGCUACAGCCUCUGCAAGGUGA